AAAAAAUCUGUCCCUCUGAGUUACAUGUCGGUCCUGGGAUCGAGAUGCUGAACCUCUUCUGGUCCUCGGACCUGCCUGAUCCAUCCUGAUGCCCUGUGUCUGGUUGGAGUCUCAUCGCAUCGCUCCUGUGGAGGGCGGCCCCAUGUGGACAGUUGGGGGUCGUGCCUGUAGGACGCUCUGGACUCUUGCAGUGGUGCUUUUGUGGCUAGGGACUGCAGUUGUCUUGCUGACUUUAGGACUGCAGUUGACUUGCUGAAUUUGGGAUUAUGGUUGUCGAACGGUUUUGCGCUCGGGUUUCCGUCGGUGGGGGGUUUAUAGCAUCAACGAAGCUGACUUUGUUAGGACUGUUAAUGUUAUAGUCAUGUUGUCUGUUGUUGCCCGGAUGGGGAUGAGUUCCCGUUUUAGUCUGGUUCCUCUCGAGGUUUCUUCCUCAUGUCAUCUGAGGGAGUUUUUCCUUGCCACCGUUGCCACAGGCUUCAUCAUUGGGGAUAGAUUAGGGAUAAAAUUAGCUCAUAUUUUAAGUCGUUCAAAUUCUGUAAAGCUGCUUUGUGACAAUGUUUAUUGUUAAAAUGCGCUAUACAAAUAAACUUGACUUGACUUCUUUUUGGAGAGCAGUGGCUUUCUCCUUGCAGUCCUGCCAUGCACACCAUUAUUGUUCAGUGUUCUCCUGAUGGUGGACUCAUGAACAUUAGCCAAUGUGAGAGGGGCCUUCAGUUGCUUAGAAGUUACAAUAACGUACAAAGUAAUAGCAGACCAAGCCCGAUCGAGCCGCACGUUCUGAUAUAUUGUUUGUCCGCAUGCAAUGUACGGUUAUUGAGUUAUUUGAGGUGCUGUAGAUGUGCCUUUUUAUACUAAGAAUUUUGAGAAAUUAAUUUUUCAUGUUUCCAUGGAAACAAUUUCAGACUUAAGUCUCUCAGGUUAGUUUUAGGGGUAGGUUUUGUUUCCAGAGCAGAACUUGAAAACUAUGAGUGGUAUCAUGUUGAAAGUUGGUAUAUGUGCUGAUUUAAGUAAUGUAGCUGUGCCUUUUGAUGCUAAGAAAUGUGAGGAAUUUUAAUUUUUAGCUCACCUGGACCAAAGGUCCGGUGGGUUUAUGCCAUGGGCUGCUGAGGUCAGUGUAAAGAGGUCGGGUUGGUUUCCUGCAGCAGAACGUGAAAAAUGUGAAAAAUAACAUCUUGAAACUUGGUAUAUAGUUGGUAUAUAGGGCGGGGGAUAUAGAUGACUCUGUCUUCUUGUUCCAGCUUGUAAUGCAACAAUACAGGACAAACACCAAGGGGGAUGAAUACUUUUGCAAGACACUGACAAAAAUACAAUCAGCUUAAUAUGGGAAUCUCAAUCUGAGAAGUGUGUUGGCUGGGCACCAGCAUGUUCUGGUGGGACAGCCAGGUGUUGGGCCAGUAAACAGAAGAGUCUUUGUUGGAUGGGGAUUGAGUUGAGCUGAGCUUGUGGCUUGAAAGAAAUGUGAUGCAGUGAGGCGUGUUUGGGGUGUUUUGGUGAGGUGGUCUGUUUUUGGUCAUUUAAGCAAUUCUGCUCCAAGACUUUGCUACAGAUACAGAAACCCAUGAGAGGGAGUGCAGCAAAAGAGUGAUCUGGGAAAUUUGGAGGUAUACAGACUGUCUCUGAGAAACUGGAAGGUGCUUGCUCAACAUUUCCACAGCACCCUGAGACUGUACACCACUCGGACACAGAGGUACUCUGUCCUGAAUUAAUUGUAGACGACCCUGUGGAUGAGAAGAGAGAUAUGUAUAGGUUUCAGUGCUCUCAUGCUGGUCGGUUUCAGUGUAAAUACACCAGCCUUGUGUUUGAGAUGAGUGAGAAAGGUGAAGUGCUGUACAGUGUAGUGUUCUGGGGCAGCAGUUAUUUGGAUGGCGUGGGACAAAUGCAGCCUGCAGGGCCGCUGUACAACAUCAACUGCUUUCCACAUUCAGUUUGCAAACUCCACCUCCCACACUGCGAGACAGAUCCUGAUAAAAACCAGCCUGGACUGGUCGUGGCACAUUUCACUGAUGGGAAUGUGGAGAUCAUUCAGCCUCUGGAAGUGACAGACACACACGUAAUCAUAGACAUAAAAAACCUCUCUCUCUUCGGCCUGUUAAAAAAAAAGCUGUUGAAGGAAAAACCGAUCAAGGCCCAAGUUCUGCUCUUCUACAGAGAAAUCACUGGAAAGACGAAGAGGAGUAAACUGCACAUGCACUUAUUGCCCAGAACUGUGCCAGUUACAGAGGUGAAGAAACAAUUUCGACAAAACACGUACAUUGAGAGCACUUCCGAAUGUCAUCUGACCCCUGAUAAAAGGUACAGACCACGCUGUGAGCCUCAUCGACAUCAGCCGACGACUGAGAUAUUUGACUGUGACUACGGCCCCAACUAUCACCCCACGUUCGAGGUGCUCUUUAAUGGUGAAGUUGAAGAACUCACACUGGGUCUUUUGGAUGAACAUGACCAGGAGGUGUGGCAGUCUCGUCAGGUCUUUCUUCCAGGUGAGAGUGCCAACGUACCCAAAAAGGCUAAAUCAGACGCUGAGUUUGUGGAUAAGCACAGAGAAAAGCUCAUCGAGAAAGCGUCUUUAGUAAUGCCAAUCGCGGAUUGUCUGCGAUCCAAGAAAAUGAUUACUGGUGAAAUGCACAGUCUCGUUGGUGCAGCAACGACACCACAGGAGCAGAUGAGGACCUUGUACAGAUUUGUCGACUCAGAAGGAAGAGCUGUGAAAGAAGAAUUUUAUAAAAUCCUGAAGGAGAAGCAUCCUUAUGUCGUGGAUGAUCUGGAGUCUGGAUCGAGUAAGGCUUAAAGGAACCUUUCACACUGACGAUUCCUCGACCUCAGCUACAUCUCUCCUGUUCAUAAGUGGUCUAAACUGCAUUGGACACAACUGACUGGUUUUGGUUUUAAUCUGGCUCAUGCAGGACCUGCCUGGAAUAAUAACUUUUAACACGUUUAUUUGGUUGUGUAUUUAACAGAACUGAAAAACUACACUGAACAAAAUUAUAAACACCUUAAAAAGGGGAGACCUUUUCUUGAAA